AUGGAUCACGGAGCGAUGGAUAGCUCUUCCGACCACAGCAGCCGCGCUAGUCCCGUAACUGGCAGUCCGAAACAUCCACACAGCCCGUCGGCUCAGCAAGGUCAACAACAGCUUCACGGGUCGCAGCAUCAACCGCCGCCAUCACAUCAACAGCCUCAUCCGCGAGAUCAGAUUCGCGAGCAACAAUCGCAACAGCAACAGCACCGCGGCGUUCCCACGCCGGGAUCGCCAACGAGAGGCUCGCCACCUCAGGGACUUCCGUUGAGUCCGCCGCCUCUUUCCGCCGGAGGAGCGCCCGGUGCACCGCCAGGCAUGGUACCCCGUAUGCCAGGCUUACCGCCACCGGGUCUUGGCUUGUUGGGACAACUCGGUGGCAUGCUCAGCGGUCAUCAUGGCUCGCCGCUCGAGUUGAUGGCCGCCCAUCACGCUGUUUUACCUCCAAGAUCGUACAACAGUCCGCCGCCGAUCAGUACCAGCGAUCCCACAGCGAACGAGUGCAAACUGGUCGAUUAUCGUGGCCAGAAGGUGGCCGCGUUCAUCAUCGCCGGGGACACGAUGCUCUGUCUGCCACAGGCGUUCGAGCUCUUUCUCAAGCACCUUGUCGGUGGCCUGCACACCGUCUACACAAAGCUCAAGAGGCUCGAUAUAGUGCCGUUGGUGUGCAAUGUCGAACAAGUUAGGAUUCUCCGUGGACUCGGAGCCAUCCAGCCAGGCGUCAAUCGAUGUAAGCUGCUCAGCUGCAAGGACUUCGAUAUACUCUACAGGGACUGCACCACGGCCAGAACAGAGUCGUUUAUACAUACAAUAAACUACGGCGCCUAUGGAAAAGUAAUCAAGAAGAUGGUGAAUGGGCGUGACGCGGCAUUAUUAAUUGCUGUUACGGAACCAAGUAAUGAAAGAAAUGUUUAAUUUAACUUAAAAUAGCUUAAUUAAAAACAAAUUUUAUGGGAAAGAAAAAGAAGAACAAGGGGGAGGAAAUAGUCGAACGAGUUCGAGGAAUCGCGUAUCGGCUGGUAAUGAAUCGAGCAACAAUUCGAUACUCAGGUAUGAUAGACUUCACUGAUAAAUAAAAUUUAAUUUAAAUGAUUUAUUUACGAGUAAGAGAUGUUCUUAAUUAGGUAGAUAUAAUAUAGAUACCUACUUGUAUAGCGUAACGGAUUUAAAACAAAAUGGUUAA